AUGCUCGAUCCUCUGUUGUCCCUACGCGGUGGGACGACAGUCGCAAGCCUGAACCGCCCAUGGCGUUUCGCUCCCAAGCAAACAUACGAUCCCCAAACAAACCCAGAGGGACUCAUAUCCUUUGGCACGGCCGAGAAUCACCUUGUUACCGACGAGCUGGUUGAGUUCGCUCAGAAGAAUGUUCACACCCACAAGACAGAUUUCCUGUACCGUGGAGCAACUGCUGGCGGCCCGGACUUCCCCCAAGCUCUGGUAGCCCACCUCAACGAGUAUCUGAAGCCCUACAAACCCAUCCAUGUCCAGGAUGUCCAGAUCUCCAACUCGGCUUCGGCUAUGCAUGACGCCCUGGCAUGGGCACUGGCCGACAAGGGCAACGCAUUCCUCACCAGCAGACCUGUGUACGGACGAUUCGAUCUCGAUUUCUUCAACAAGAGUGGCGUCAAGGUGGAAUAUGCCGACACAACGGCACAGGACUGCUUUGAUGACACCGUGGUCGAGAAGUUUGCGGAGGCUCUCCAGUCUUGUGAAGCGCGAGGGGUGAAAGUCAAGGCGAUAUUCAUUGUCAACCCUAAUAACCCGCUUGGUAAAUGCUAUCCCAGAGAAACGCUCGUGGAGAUUAUGAAGUUCUGCAAUCAGCAUCGCCUUCACCUCUUUAGCGACGAAAUCUACGCUUGCUCUGUCUUUGACUCCGGCGAGCCGACGGCAGUACCAUUUACUUCUGUCUUGUCCCUCGACACAGACAAAUACAUCGAUCGGUGCUUGCUACACGUCACAUGGGGGCUCAGCAAGGAUUUUGGCGCAGCUGGCCUGCGCAUUGGCGCUCUCAUCUCGCGCAGCCCAAGCGUGAUCAAAGCCGUGGAAUCUGUAGCGCGCUUUCACAACGCUUCUGCCCCGAGUCUCUCCAUUGGUGCGGCCAUGUUGUCUGACCGGGAAUGGUGUCGAGGCUUUGUAAACACUUCUCGGCACAGAUUGGCUGCUGCGUACAGACAUGUCACCAGAGGUCUUGACGAGAUGGGCAUUGAGUACUUGCGUGGAACGAAUGCUGGGUUCUUUGUGUGGAUCAACCUCUCGCCAUAUCUAUCGGAGCAGGAACGAUUUCCGGAAUUUGCACUGGCGACGAAGCUGCAGAGAUGCGGCGUCUUUUUGCAUCCCAAGGAGGAGCACUCGCUGGAAACAGGGUGGUUUCGCCUGGUAUACGUGCAGGACUCUGAGACGGUGACUGAGGGAUUGAAGAGGUGA